AUGCAGAAGCUCUCUGUCACAUUGUUACUGAUCGCAACGAUCUGCUGGACAGGUGUGGCCAGCAGUCCUGCCGUUGGUCCGAUUCUGCUCGAAGAUGCACCUAAGGGGCGUGUGGUUGGUGGUGAUCUAGCCUCCGUUGGGCAGUUCCCGUAUUCCGUUGGCUUGAUAACGCAUUCGACAUCCAUCUUUACGGGGCGUUGUGCAGGUUCUUUGAUAUCAGCCAACUACGUCCUAACUGCAGCAAGCUGUGUGCAAAGCGCUACAUCCGCUUUUGCGUACAUUGGAGGAGUUCGGAUCGACGACCAGUCGGAACCGGGUCGGGAACGUUUACUGGUGGAACGUUUCAUUCUGCACUCGAGCUUUGUCGAGGGUGGCGAAAAUUUCGAUGUUGCCCUCGGUGAGUUGCCUCGUAGUGUCGCCUUCAACGAACGCAUUCGUCCAAUCCGGCUACCAAACCGUCGCCAGGUGCAGGCAACGUUUGCCGGACAGCUGGGCACGGUAUUUGGAUGGGGUCGUUUCGGUUCGGGUAUUAGCAAUUCCGCCGAGCUGCGGUUUGGCCGGUCAGAGAUCAUAACCAAUUUGGCCUGUCGGCUUAAUCUACCAACGAACACUAUAGCCGAUGCGCAUAUGUGUACGGACGGUUCGCUUUCCUCGCCAUGCGCUGGAGACAAUGGAGCACCACUGACGAUCAUGGAUGCGGACGGUAUCACCACGCAGGUUGGUGUAUUCUCGUUCAACUCGGUGCUGGGCUGUGACGCAGGUCGUGCUGCUGUGUACACACGUCUUUCGGCCUACCUGGACUGGAUCGGUGCGAACUCGGAUGUGAUUAUUCGGGAAGACUUCUAA